AUUAUCGUUAUCUAUAAGAUAAACUCCCCUUUAUUGCUAUAACGUUAAUUGAUAAUCUCGUUUAGGUACACAGUGAUGCGAUUGUCCAUUUAAUUGAUAUGUAUUUUUAAUAAUAUUUUACAACAUAUAUGUAUAAUACCGACGUAUAAUUUAGUAGUGCAGUGAAAAUACUCGAGUUACUGCAAGACAGUAUAAUCUGCUCACAAGUUAAGUACAGUCUGGGAAGCCUUAGACUUACUUAUAUUAACAGAGGAUCAUGAAUCCCAUUCAAGAUGGAGUGGAGAACGGUAGCACUGUCUGUCUUUAUGAUAAGCCUUUGUUUUCUGGCUAUACCUAUCAGAGUGCCAUCAUCAGAUACAACUGAUGAUGAUCUGAGAUUAUUUGAGACUUAUAUUUUGCGUUACAAUAAAUCUUACCGUCAUGAUCCGAUUGAGUAUGAUAAAAGAUUUAAACAUUUUCAAAUUUCGCUUCGAGGGAUCGAGAAGAUGAAUAAAUUAAGAACAUCACCGGAGAGUGCUUACUACGGGCCAACCAAGUACUCAGAUUUGUCAGAAGAUGAAUUUUUAAAGCUGGCAUUACGUAGAGAUUUAUCAACUCGCGCUGAAAGACAUCGAAUUGACCGUUUUAUGCGUCAAAAAUAUUCCAGUGCCGAAGGUAAUUUAAUACGCUAUGAGAGAGCGGUAAGAAUACCACCGAGACUUGACUGGAGAACGAAGGGAGUUGUUACACCAGUUAAAAGUCAAGGAAAUUGUGGAGCUUGUUGGGCUUACAGUACUGUCGAAUGUAUUGAAUCGAUGAUUGCUAUCAAAAAUCAUACACUUACAUCCUACAGCGUCCAGGAGAUGAUCGACUGUGCUGAUAACAAUAAUUUUGGCUGUCAAGGAGGAGACAUUUGCAGUCUACUGUCCUGGCUCGUAGACAAUAAAGUAUCUGUCUCAACAGAGUCUCUUUACCCGGUAACUGGAAAAACAGACACUUGCGUACUAGAGCGAUCAGCAAAGUCAACAGUUCGAGUUACUGAUUUUACAUGUGAUAGCUUCAUAAAUACUGAAGAUCAACUGCUAGAUGUGUUAGUUAAUCACGGACCAGUAGCAGUGGCAGUAAAUGCUCUUACUUGGCAAAAUUAUUUAGGUGGAAUAAUACAAUUUCACUGCGACGGUUCAUUUAAAAUGUUAAAUCAUGCAGUACAAAUAGUAGGGUACGAUAACACCGGAAAAAUACCUUAUUACAUCGUUAGAAAUUCAUGGGGUACCCUGUUUGGCAAUGACGGAUAUAUUUAUAUAGCAAUAGGAAAUAAUUUAUGUGGAAUAGCAAAUCAAGUAUCAUCUUUAAAUGUUAUUUGGUAGCUUUAAUUAUUAAUAUAACAAUAAUAAUAUUUAUUUAAUCAAAUGGUCUACAAUCAAGAACAUUGAAUUUCUGUUGAGAUUACUGGAUUUAAAACAACUAUUUGUACUUUUUAUACACUUAAAUAUAUUGUUAGAGAAGUUGAGAUAGAAACCAUAGUAUUAAACAUAAAUGUUUACGAACAAAAUAAAAAGUAAUAACUUCAAAA